AUGAGCGACUGGAAAGAACGCAGCCUCAAGCAUCUGGCCAAGCGCGAUGCCGCCGUGCCAAAGGAGUACCUCGUCGACCUAGCCUCGCUUGGGAUCGAGCCGUGCCCCUUCACCAAGGAAGCACUGCCUCGUCCCUUGGAUCCCAAGCUACCAUUCAAGCCCGAUAAGGAUGUGUCGGCGAGCAUCUAUCCGACCGACUCGGUCGUCGACGUGCCUAGAAAGGUGCUGGACAUGCAGGAUGUCGCCAUCACCGAGACGCCUCUCGAACAGCUCGUCGAGCACCUCGCGACCAAGAAGCUCACCUCGCUCCGAUGCACAGAAGCGUUUCUUCGCAGGGCCCUCCUUGCCCACCAGCUCGUCAAUUGCUGCACAGAGACCUUUGUCGACUACACGAUCAGUCGAGCAAAGGAGUGUGACGAGUACCUUGAAAAGCAAGGCAAGCCAAUUGGCCCCCUACAUGGUCUCCCCGUCAGCCUCAAGGAUCAGUUCCACAUUGCCAAACUGACGACGUCGAUGGGUUACGUCAAGGAUGUCGACUUUAUCGCAGAGGAGGACAGCGUCAUCACCACCGUACUCCUUCGCGCCGGUGCUGUUCCCUUGAUUCGCACAAACAUCCCGCAGAGCCUGAUGCGAUGCGAGACGGACAACUACAUCUUCGGUCGCACAGUCAACCCCUACAACCGAGCCUUCACCCCCGGCGGCAGUUCGGGCGGAGAAGGUGCCCUCGUCGGGAUGCACGGUAGUCCUCUUGGGCUGGGCACAGACAUUGGAGGCAGCGUGAGGGUGCCGUCGGCGUUCAAUGGACUCUGGGGCAUGCGGCCUUCGAUGCACAGGAUUCCCUACGAGGGAUCCGCCAACUCCUUUCUCGGCCAGCACACCGUCUAUUCCGUCAUCGGACCCAUGACCCACAGCCACGGAGGCCUGGUGGCCUUCAUGCGGGCUGUGCUGGGCCAGCGUCCCUGGGAGCUGGACCCCAUCCUAGUCCCCAUGGCAUUCAAUGAAGAGGCUUUUGCGCUCAAAGACCUCGGGCGAAAGUCUGGCAGCACCCACGACGAUGAGAAGCAGGCUCUGCAGCCAGGUAAGAAAGGCCAGCUGUGCUUCGCCAUCGAAUGGGACGACGGCAUCGUGCAUCCACACCCACCGAUCACGCGUGCGCUGCGUGAGGUGCGCGAGAAGCUCAUCGCUGCAGGCCACAAGGUCGUUGAUUGGGUGCCGCUGGACCACGCCAGGGCGUACGACAUCAUCGACCGCAUCUAUGCCGCCGACGGAGGCGAAGACAUCCGUCGUUCAUGCGCAGAGAGUGGCGAGCCCGUCAUGUACAACCUCAUGGCCGAGAGAUACCAGGGCGCAGACAGGCCAAACGUCUCCGUCUUUGACUGCUGGCAGGUAGCCAAGGAGAGGGAUGCCUACAGAAAGGCGUACCUCGAUCACUGGAACGCCACGGCCGCCUCGACAGGCACCGGCAGGCCUGUCGACGCCGUCCUGGCACCCGUCAGCAACUGUGCUGCUUGUCCCCACGACACCAACGACUAUGUGGUGAGAGUCUCGUCGGGCCAGACUCGGAUACACGACGCAGUGGAACUUGACCGAUCUGCCCGUCGUCGUCAUGCCCAUCACCCAUGUGGAUGCGGCCAAGGACAAGGCUCACAAGCUCGACGUGCCUUUCUACGAGGGCAGGGACGAGGAGUUUUGGACCCGAUACGACGAGAACAAAUGGCACGGCUUGCCCGUCAACCUGGGUCUCGUGGGCAAGAGGCUGCAGGACGAAGAGGUGAGAUUGACCCCUUCACUCCUCCAGCUCUCCUGACACCUUUCAGUAUGCUGACAAACGCACUCCAUCUUCAAUCUCCAGCUGCUGGGCUUGGCCAAAGUCAUCGCCGACGCUGGCGCAACCCUCUCUAG